AUGGGUAUCAGCAGAGACGGCCGACACAAACUCCGCCUUACCGGUGGAAAAAAAAAAAUCCACAAGAAGAAGAGAAAGUAUGAAUUAGGAAGGCCCCCAUCGAACACCAAAUUGGGUAGUAGACAAGUCCAUGUUGUUAGGGGAAGAGGGAAGAAUCUCAAGUAUCGUGCAAUCAAACUUGAUUCAGGCAGCUUUUCCUGGCCAGCAUUUGGAGUUUCAAAAAUUACCAGAAUUAUCGACGUUGUUUAUAAUGCAUCCAACAAUGAGCUCGUCAGAACAAAGACAUUGGUUAAAAACUGCAUCGUCUUGAUUGAUUCUCAUCCAUUUACUACAUGGUAUGAAAACACAUUUGGUGUAACCCUAGGAAAGAAGAAAAAAGGAAAAACUGAUGAAGAGAACAAAGAGGAGAACAAAGCUGAAGGUGAAGAAAAUGAAGAAAAUAAUGAAGAGAAAGAUGAAAAGGCAAAGUCGUCAUACUCGGUAAUUAAGAAGAUAGGAAAAUCCAAACAGAUCGACCCAGCUUUGUUGGAACAGUUCAAACAGGGAAGAGUGUUGGCUUGCAUCAGCAGCAGACCUGGACAGUGCGGUAAAGCUGAUGGUUACAUCAUUGAGGGCGAUGAGUUGCUAUUUUACAAGCGUAAAAUGGACAAGAAAAAGAGAAAUUAA